UUUGGAGGAGCCACACGACUGAAAGUGGAAUUCCUGUAGCUGUUGCUUUGCCAUGCUCGUUCCCACUGCGUGCAGGCAACAGAAACAUAGUACAAUUUGCGUGCAAGGAAACAGCCGCCACGUUGCUCAAGAAAACAGUUCACUUCGUGUUUCUCAGACCACAAAAAUAUAAAAUGCACGAAAUUCAUUUGGUUCGGAUAAUCUGAGUUCCAAUGACAUCAAGCGCAUCACAUGGACGGUGAAUGAGAAGUCCACGUGGACCAGAAGCUUGUCCACAAUCCACAUAACGAAGAGGCAGGGCAGGGUUGCAGGGUCUCUUUCUAAGAAAAUCUGGUAAAUGCACAAACGUUAUUUACUAGUUGUCCUCCUCCACGUAAAUAAUAUGUUUGGUCCCUGGCACCAGAAAAUGCAAAGCACUGUUAUUAAUCUGUGAGCAUAAUAAUAUCAGCUCCUUCUUCCUUCUCCUUGUCUUCCUCAAGUCAAGAAUUGAACUGGGAUUUGAAACCAGAACAACACAACCCUACGGCGUUGGUUAUAUGCUUACAACUAGCUUUAUCAAGUGAUGAUCAGACUAAACUUCUACUGCUCUCUAAUUCCAAAUGCAAGGCAAGCUAGACCAGGCAGCAGCCAUGGCUCACUCAUCAUCCAUAAUCCCAGAGCUUCAAGUUUUCCUCAUCGGGUUUCCAUCAAGGUUAAGGCCAUAAAAGAUGAGAUGGGUGGAGAAACAAGCGGAUCUUCAGGGAGUAGCUGGGACCCUGGGAUGGAAAUUGAAGUCCCUUUUGAGCAGAGACCGGUAAAUGAGUACUCAUCUCUGAAGGAUGGAAUGCUGUAUUCAUGGGGUGAACUGGGUCCUGGGUCGUUCUUCCUUCGACUUGGAGGUCUUUGGUUGGCAAUAUUCACAGUUCUUGGAGCGCCAAUUUCAGCUGCAAGCUUUAACCCUUCGAGAGAGCCUCUAAGAUUUAUACUAGCUGCUGGAACAGGAACACUCUUCAUUGUGUCUUUGAUUGUAUUGAGGAUUUAUCUGGGGUGGAGUUAUGUUGGAGAUAGACUUCUAUCUGCGGUCAUUCCUUAUGAAGAAAGUGGUUGGUAUGAUGGACAGAUGUGGGUCAAGCCACCUGAGAUCCUAGCUCGUGAUAGAUUGUUGGGCUCUUACAAGGUUAAACCAGUUGUUAAACUGCUGAAGCAAACUCUAGUUGGGACUGGAGCAUUACUCGUUACCGGAGUUGUGCUAUUUAUCUUUGCUACACCAGUGGAGAAUUUUUUUCAUUCCACUUUUAGCACGGAAGAGAAUAAAUCAAUCGCACAAGCUCCCAAGGUUAACAACAAGUUCAACCUAAGAAAGGAGGAAUUGCUUAAAUUGCCUGUAGAUGUGAUAGUUGAUGAUGAUCUAGCAGCAGCUGCUGCUGAGGCUGCUGAUGGAAGACCCGUCUACUGUAGGGAUAGGCUACAUCGAGCAUUAGCCGGAGGCCAGUACUGCAAAUGGGAGGACCUGCUCAAGUAAAGGGAAAAAAGGAGACAUAUAUAAUCACAUUUAGCAAAAGCAGUUUAUGAUUUGUGGCAACUCUAUGGCCAAAGCUUUAUUCUGUUAGUUAAGAAAACAAUUCAAUGCAAUCAAAGCAAAAGCAAACAACGUCCAA